AUGGCGAGCACCAACAUAUCAAGCAUUGCGAACUCGCUGAUCCACUACUCUUCAGACGAUUCAACACGCACUUUCGCCUUUGCCACGUUCUCUUCGCUCGCUUGGUACAAUGCGAUUGAGCUCAUUAUCUUGUGCUUCGUCAGUUUCAAACGCUGGCGCGGUUGCUAUUUCUGGAGCUUGUUGGUUGCUUCCUUCAGCAUCAUACCCUACUGUCUGGGGUUUAUCCUCCUCUUCUUCCCCACAGGGGUAACGCCAUAUGUUUGUGUAACACUCAUCAUUAUCAGCUGGUGUGGCAUGAUCACAGGUCAAUCCAUGGUGCUAUGGUCGCGGCUUCAUCUGCUUCUGCGGAAUACAAGAGUACUAUGGAAUGUCCUAUGGAUGAUCAUCAUCGACGCCAUACUCUUGCACGUACCAACAGCCGUCCUCCUGUUCGGCGCAGUGGGAAUGCCCACAGGCCCCUUCGCCCACGGGUACAAUAUCAUGGAGCGAAUCCAAGUUGUUGGCUUUUGUAUCCAGGAACUAGUGAUAUCAAGCAUAUAUGUGUGGGAAGCAAUCCAUUUGCUUCGUCUCCGACCUGGGGGUCAAUCUCGUGGAAUUCUUAGCCAACUACUCAUCAUCAACAUUGUCAUCCUCUUCUUAGACGUCGCGAUUGUCGUCAUUGAGUAUGUGGGAUAUUAUGCCCUGCAGGUAAUGUUCAAGCCUGUUGCCUAUAGUAUCAAGUUGAAGUUAGAAUAUGCUAUCCUGGGGAAACUGAUUACUGUUGCGCGUGAAUCGUGGGAUGACCGAGAAGUGCCUCCGUGUGAUUAUGGGACAAAUGAGACCAGCACCCUGCCGUCUUCUCAGGGCACGACUUCGAACUUUAUAUCUCACCGACAUAAUCAGAGCCAGUAUGUCACCCCAAGGAGACCUUAG